AUGUGUAGACACGGUGCGAAUAAGCGGUACCUUAUAUAAAAACGUCAUUUAGAGCAAUGGUGUAUAUAACACGUCCCAAUAAAUACGACUAAAGUUGUGAAUGUGUAGCAGAACGACUCGUGUGGUGUUUAAUUUGGUUACUCAUACGUGCAUGUCAUGCAUUUUAUUGAUGUGUCGCGCGCGCCAUUAUGCAUAAACAUGAAGUGAGAUUUCAUACAUUAGCCAAGUAACGUUAACGUUACUCGUGUUGUUUUAUUCCGUGCUUGUUGCUCUUUAACCUCCUAAUCUCUGAAAAACAAGCGCUCUUUUUAUUUGUACUUUCGAUUUUACUUUCGUUUGCGGUGUCCCUAUAGGCUCUUGUCAAAUUUUAAAAAAUGUUUUUUUUAAUCGUAAUUUGAAGAUAUGAACGCACGGCAGUGCUCCAAGAAUGAAUCGUAGUUUAUUAGCUUGCAUUCUAGUUUUCUUUUUCGGAUUCUUGGAGGAUCCCGCGUAGAUCCCCGCUUUCGGAUCGGUUCAAAUAACGUUGCAACUGCAUUGACUCGCGCAUGAUUUUCUUCGAUCAUUUAUUUAGGUGUGCUUACAUCCCAACAUAAUCAAAGUUUUAUGCUUUUUUACGUUUUGUUUAAAGUGAAAUUUUAUUGGCUUUAUGCGAACGAGUCAAUCUUGUUAAAGAUGCAGCGAAGCUAUUGUCAAACAUCAAAAGUAGGUCAAUGCCACAGACGCGACGCAUUCAUCAAAACAAACGCUGCACGCUUUCGUCCGGAAUGUGUCUGGCGCGAGCGUGUCGUCUAUCUGUAACUUACAACAUAUGAAAACUAUCAAAUUGACUGUCAAGAGUCAAUAAAGAUGUUCGGCUUUCAUAAAUCAAAGAUUUACCGCAGCAACGAUGGCUGUUGUAUUUGCAAAACCAAAUCGUCAAGCUCUCGAUUCACUGACAGCAGCAGAUAUGAGGAAAACUUCAGACUGUGCUUUGGUCUGUCCGAGGAUAGAGUUGGAGACAUCUGCAAUGCUUGCGUCCUGCUGGUGAAACGCUGGAAGAAAUUACCACAUGGGUCAAAAAAGAACUGGAACCAUGUGGUGGACGCGAGAGCAGGUCCUGGCUUUAAGCUCACCAAACCCAAGAAAGUCAAAAAUAUUGAUGGGAAGAAGAAAAGUAAACUAAAAAAGCUUCACAAGUUUAAAAGACAAAAUUCAGACGCUCACAGCACUACAUCCAGUAUGUCACCAUCACAGUCUCCCAGUCACAGUAAUCAGUCUGAUGAUGGAUCCGAUAUCGAGACCAAGCAGAGACGUCCAAACCCAUCAGGGUUCUCCUUUCUUGACUUAUCUUACUGGAAAAGGCAGAAGGUGUGCUGCGGGAUUGUCUACAAAGGACGUUUCGGUGAGGUAAUCAUUGAUCCUCGUCUCUUCAAGCCCUGCUGUAACACCAAGAAGCGUCCGGCUCUUGCGUCGUCCUCAGACUCGCAGAUUCCUCAAACACUUCCCUCUCCUCUCCCAGAGGACAUGAAGGAGGUGUGGUGAUCCGCAUGUCACACCUCCGGACUGUCUCUUUGAGGUCCUCAUAGCUUUGUCUCCAGUGGUAGACUAUGAUAUCUUCCCCUUGUUAGUUAACCGUAGAAGUUGAAUCCCCCCACAAUUUGUAUUAAUUUGUAUAAUUUUUUAUGACUUUUUGUAUACUGUAAGUUUGUACCUUUUUUUUAUAAAACAGAAAAGGAAAAAAAUUGGGGCAUUAGGAAGUAUUUAUAGGCCAGCGUUAGGAAAGUCAAUGUAUUCCGUUUUCUCUUUACACUGUAUUUUUUUCCUUUUUGGGGUUACCAGUGUUUGUAAAUAUAAUCUUUAUUUUCCAUACCAGUGCACCAAAAGACUUCUAAUUGGCAUUUAGUUUUGUGCAUUACACAUGAAACGGGCAUAAAUGAUGUAAAGCUGAAUUUAAAAUGAUAGUGGAGGCAUUAAUGAUACAAGUGUAAUUUUUAGCAGAUGUUAUAUUUUACUCGGUCUUGCAGUCUUCUGCUUGAAUUUAAGUUGAGAGCUGUGUUAUAAUGCGUAAAUUAAUUUCAAUGGGUUGUUUGACAUGGGCACUAUACUCACAACUAGAAUACACCUCAGAUUUUGAUCUGUCAUGUCUGAUUUUCCUGGUUUGGCGUAAAGAUAUUUCUCAGUGGUUUAAAACGUUACGGGUUUGUAUGUAUUUAAAACCAAGAUGCAAAAAAAAUCAAUAUCUCAGAGUAUUUAAACGGUUUAUUUACAUAAUGAGCAUGCAUAUUGUAUUUGUCGGCAUGUUUAUUAUUUUGUUGUUAUUGUUUGUAGAGUUGGCAUGUGCGAGUGCUCUAAUACAGCAAGGAAGAGAUAAUAUUACUGUUCAGGUAUAUGAUCAUAUACUGUGUUUUCAUCACAUCUUCACUAUUUCCUGUUAUAUCUUUAGUACACUAAAGGUCAUCAAAGAUGAAAUUGUACAGCUAGUCUGUCAGCCUUGAUGUAUUAACCGCAGCUUUGUGUAUGUUUUCGAUUUUUGUUUUGUCGGGUGUCUUUUCGCUGUGUGAGUUUAUUGAAAUGAUAUGACAGAAUAGCCAAAAUUGAAGUUAACCAAUCGAAUUUUGAGGUUCGAUAGAUUUUGGUUGUAUUCAUUACUUUGUAUUAUUUGAAUGAAUGUUUGCUUUAAUUCGCCAGCAAUACUUUGAGUCAGCGUUGUUGUUGCCUCAAAGUGCUCUUAUUUCGAAUAACAUGAGAGCCAAUAUGAAAUCAAUAAAGUUCAGGGAAAAAUGUUUUUAACUUAAUUUUGGCACAUUCUCGGUCCAUGUAAAUGUGCCUUACCAGAGAUUUAGCUGAUGCUUUCAUUACAUGAGUUUGUCAUUUUUAACUUAUGCUAUUUAUUCAAAGCUGUCUGUACAUUUGAUGCUGUAAAGAAUUUUUGUGCACUUUUUAAUACUUUUUGUACUAUUUCAAUUGAUAAGAUUUUGUAUCUCGGUUUCUUCACAUUGGUAUUUUCAUAAAACUUUUAAAGUA